UUGGUUCAGUCAGCGGUACGGGUGUUACACCUGCCCCCUCUAGAGGACGCUUUGAGUCCAUUGAAAAUUGCGACAGUUGUUUCUUCUUGACGGCACAUGAUGACAUGUCAACAACAAAUAUGGCAACCAGCAGCAACUAUUGGGAAGAUUUGCGUAAACAGGCCAGACAGUUGGAGAAUGAGCUGGACCUGAAGCUGGUCUCCUUCAGUAAGCUGUGCACCAGCUACAGCAGCAGCAGCAGCAGCAGCAGGGACCAGCGGACACGAGAAAGCAGGUCGGAUUCUGUUGGCUCGUCUCAAGACAAUAUGCUCGUGGCUAUGACUGCUGAGCUGGAGCAGUUAUUGGCCAAUCUUUCCACAGUCAAUGACAAAAUGGCAGAAUACACAAACACGCCUGGAGCUUCAUCAUAUAACGCAGCUUUGAUGCACACCUUACAGAGACACAGGGACAUUUUACAGGACUAUACCCAUGAAUUCCACAAAACCAAAAGCAACUUCUUGAGCCUGCGUGAGAGAGAGGACCUGCUAGGCUCUGUUCACAGAGACAUUGAGUCCUACAAGAGCAGCUCAGGAGUGAAUAACAGACGAACUGAGCUCUUCCUGAAGGAACACGAACAUCUCAGAAACUCAGAUAGUCUUAUUGACAAUGCAAUAAGUAUUGCCAUGGCUACCAAAGAGAACAUCACAUUUCAACGUGGGAUGUUGAAGUCCAUUCAAACCAGGGUCACAACUUUGGCCAAUCGUUUCCCUGCCAUCAACAGCCUCAUCCAAAAAAUCAAUUUGCGGAAGAGGCGGGACUCUUUAAUUCUAGGCGGAGUGAUUGGCAUCUGCACCAUACUCCUGUUGCUCUACACUUUCCACUGAUGCACUCGUUACUUUUUCGAAGAACAGAAAAUAUUCACUUUUUUUAUGUUUUCAUGUGUUCUUUUCUUCUAUUGUAAUUUACUAAAUUAAGGAAAAAAACAAAUCACAUUUUUAAAAAGUCUUAACGGAAAGUGAAAGGGCUUAUUUAUUUUCUGAAUUCUGACAUUUAUAUAUUGCUGCUCCGGUCCUGUUGUAAUUUUAACUCUUUAUAAUGCUAUAAAGUAAUAUUUGACUGGGAUUGCUUACGGUUGUUGACAUAACUUUUUUAUAAAGUAUUGGCGGUGCCUGAUAAAAUAAAGGUGAUGAGCUCACUUUCAA